GGAAACAAAAAAAAAUAAAACUAAAAACCAAACAACCUCCCUUUUUAUUCUGUUCUUCUUCUUCUUUACAAUUUGGUCUGAAAGAUACAGCAUCUGUUCGAUGCAUUAGUGGCUACAAUGGCCGAUUCAGAGAAAUUGACGGCUUUGAAGAAGGCUUAUGCCGAAAUAAUUUUGAACACGGCUAAAGAAGCGGCGGCGAGGAUAAUGGUGUCGGAAAGGAAAGCUCUCCGGUACCAGCAGGAGCUGUUCGCGGCUAAAGACGAGGCAUUACAUAUGUUGCUUAGGUUGAAACAGAUGUUGGACGCUAAGGUUAAUGAAGCGGAGAUGAUGUCUUUGAAUCAACAGAAAAGAAUUGAGGAGCUCGAAGCACAACUAGGGGAAGCCGAGGAUAUAGUUAGAGAUCUUAGAGCAGAGUUGAGAGAAGUACAGGAUGAGUUGGAGAAGCUGACUAAAAACUCAAUGCAGUGUUCGAGCGAACAAAAAUCAGGACACGAUGUUGCUGCUUCUGAAGAAAUGUCCAAUGUAAAAACGAUCAGCGAUUUCGGGUCUGUUAGAUCUUCUCUGCUCGAUGCACAAACUGACAUUGUGACAGUUUCUGACAUCAAGAGUUCAUGUCCGAGUGGAACAAAUGUGGGUAUUAAGUGUUCUUGUAAGGAUAAUUGCUACGUUUGUAACCCUGAUUUUGCUUCCAUAGUGAUGAGACGAAAAGAGCCUGACCUGUAUAGAAAUGGGUGCACUCAGAGGAUUCGUGCACUCGAGAGGUGUCUGUUGAAUGAAAAUCUAUCUCUUUCCGGGCAAGUAGAUGAUGCAAAGAAUGAAAACGCUAGAGAAGAUGAUGAAAGGAAGGAUAUGCACUCGAAAUCUUCUCUGAGAACUGAUAAUGGCAGACCCGAGGAAAGAACGAAUGAGUUCAAAACGAUGCAAAAUGAUGUUCACGACAUCAUCCGAGCACUUCCUCUUGGUCCUUUUCGUAAGAAAAGGAAACGAGGUGCUAGAUAUAAGAAAAAUAGAGCUACCUCGCCGAUGUAUAUGUGUGAUCGGGUCGUAGCAACACACCAAGAAUCUGAUCUACUGUGCGCUGAAAGUUUUUCACAUGCUGCCGAUGAGAAUGCUCGAUUCGGGGAAGAUUCUAGGAUCAUCAAUCACGAUGCUCUGAAGGGUUCUCAAUCUCCUUCUAUCCCCAGUUCGCCUCCGAAUGCAGUGAAAGCAGUUACAGAAUCAGGAUAUGAAAAAGUUGACAAUGACAAAAACAAUGGUAAAUUGCUGGUAGACAAAAAACAGUCAACAAGGUUAGACGGUGGAUUGGUUGAGAAUUUAGGGGAUGCAUUUUGCAAACCGGAUCUUGAGAUGGUUGAUGUGUCUGCAGUAAACUCAGAUGUUAAAGUGUCCGAAGGAUCUUCUACUCAAUUGGUAAAUAAUAAGUUUCUCAUGUACACAAGAAAGCGGAAGAAGGAUCCUUUGAGCAGCCCCGAUAGAGAUUGCUCACUUGAUAAUGAUAAUUCUAAAAGGAAGACAGAGGAUAAACGAAACGGUUCUCUAGACUCAGAAAAGUCAACAUUGACAACUGAAUCAUCUCGAGACAGUCGGCGACUGGCACAGGUGGCUCGUCAGCUCAUAUCAUUAUCGGAAAAGAAGUGGCGGUAGUAAAUUGGGCUGCUGUUGGGUGCAUGAAUACAGGGAUGCUGAACUGGAGCAGCAAAAAUUGCUGUCUGAUGGGCUUAUAUUGUUGAGCUGGUGUUUUAUUAGAAGAAGAUAGAUGGAAGAACCAAGGAAGAGUUACUAUAUCCAUUUAAGUAAAAACAACGUUGUUGUAUGUUUUCGGUGUUGUUUCGGUCUCAUUAUUAUGGAAUAUAUCAACAUCUAACUCUUUUGAAUUAGCUUUACUAAUAUGAUUCAAGUUGCAAUAUUGCUAUUGGUUAAAGCUAGGGAUGCCAAAAUCCGAUCAAUGUAUGAAUUUUGACCUAUUUGCUCAA